GUGUGGUUUCCACCCUUCCCAGUAUGACUCACCCAGUAUGAAUACAUUUGCCCUGUCACUAUGAUGUCAUGGCGUAAAGCUUCCCUAUGGUAGCUCAUUCGCUUCCUUAUAGCCAGUUUAUCCACCAAGUUGAAGAAGACUGAAGUUUCUUGGAUUGAAACCAUCUGUCAUGGAGGCUGAAGUUGAGACAGCAGAGAAAUCUCACACAGAGGAGUCAGAAGUUCUGACACAAACCCAGACUGACCCAGAUGCUGCUAAAGAGGAUGCAAACGGACCUGACGUCUGCAAGUUUUUCCUGAUGGGCAGAUGUCACUUCGGAGACAGAUGUCGCCUUUCACAUAGUGGCAAAGCUGCAAGUGGUGCCAGUAACAAUGUACCAAGGGAAGAGAAAAGAAGCAGAAACCAGAAGUCAGACAAAACAGAAAACGCUAAAGGUUCAAAGAAAAAGCCACGGAUGCGCACGGCCGAUGAAGUCAUAUCCAGGAUUCUGUGGGAUUCCUCUGUGGACCCAGCAGACUUCAUGGUGGGACACCUGGACCGCUUUCUGGGAGUUCUGGAACGUCCUUUCUGUGAUUUCUCCUGGGACACUCAGGUUUGUGACUGUGACUACUCAGAGGAAAUGGCCAUUCCUCGUCACAGGAUCCAGUACUUCACCUAUAAAGGGCAGCGUGUGUGGGACAGAGACAGCCGCACCGAUCACGUGUUUGGCUCUACGGGACAGACCGUGAUGCCCCCGUUUGACAGAGAGUGUCAACCACAAGAAAAUGUGGCCCCUGAUGCUGCCGACCAAGAAGCAGGAGAUUCAUCCGUUGAGAAAGAUGAGCAGGAGGAUACUGUAGAGCUCAGUGUAAAAGCCACAGGGGAAGACAUUGAAGACACUGCUAGACAGAUGGACUGUAGCACGAGAGGAGAACCGGUUCACCAAUCUGCAGAUGCUGGUCUAGAACAAGAGACUGAUGGUCUGUCCAUCUCUCCACGAAACGAACAGGCUGGAAUUGAGGACGAAUGGAAGGACAGCUGGGACAGGGUGGAAGAGGAAGAGAAAAAGCUGGAGCCCGCACAACCACUACCUCAAGAGCCGCGUCCAGGCCGCGUACCUCGGAAACCCACCCACUUCAUCUGCUUUCGUGUGGACCUGCCUGCCUCUUUAAAUGCCUUCCAGCGAGUCCAGAAAAAAGUCUUGAGCCAUUUGCCCCAGUUGGAGCCGUUCUGGGUGACACCGGAGACUCUGCACGUUACUCUCUGUUUGCUCGUCCUUCAAAGCCCAGAGGAGGUCUUUGCUGCUGGUGAGCUGCUUCACUCUGUGGUCAGAAACCGCUACAAACCACCAAUCUCUGUCUUCUUUCCUCCGAAACUGAAGCAUUUUAAUGGUCGAGUUCUUCAUAUACCACCUCAACCCCUCCCAGACAUUCAGACUUUCAACGGCCCAUUUCAAGAAGCAUUCAGAGAGAAAGGCUGGCUCCAUCGGCACUCUCUACACCCAAACUAUCACCUCACUCUGGCCAAAGUGACAGAAGAGGGGGCAGAGAGGAUGUUUGAAGAUGUCGGGCUAAUUAGAUUGGCUAAGGAUGUGAACUUUGGCAAGUUGGAGGUGGACAAAUUGUAUAUGUGCACCCUUAAUAAGCCGAGGACAGUGAGUGGCUUUUACGAGACAGUGUGUGUGGUAAACUUGCCCACUGUGUAACAGCAAAAGGUAAAUAAUAAUAAUAAUGCAAACGUCCUGGAAGCGAUCACUUUUAAGCUUUUUAUCUAACUUCAGUAAUUUUACACAAUUAUAAUAACAAAAUGUGUUUAUUAGUAUAAUUACAAUUUUAAUUUAAGAUUUCAUUUUAACCAGAUCUGAACCCAACGCAAACCCUAAAAGUACCCAGAACAGUUGUGAUACAAAAACGUAACUUGAGUUAGGCAAGUUACUUUACUAAGCUACACUGCAAGGCCAAAAGUAUGUGGACACCUGACUCUGACCAUGUAAUCCUAUUUCAAAAACCUUUGGCAUUAACAAGUUGCCUCUCUUUAUUAAAAUGUACUGACUUAAUGUUUCACAUGGAUUUUACUAUUUUAUCUCUCAAUAUAGUCGGCAUAAUUAAUAUAUAAUCUGUGGUCAUUUUUAUCACCUGCCAGUGUUGGAUUCGCUUAGGGGCGGCACGGUGGCUAAAUGGGUAGCACUGUCACCUCACAGCAAGAAGGUCCUGGGUUCGAUCCCCAGGUGGAGCGGUCCGGGUCCUUUCUGUGCGGAGUUUGCAUGUUCUCCCUAUGUCCGCGUGGGUUUCCUCCAGCUGCUCCGGUUUCCUCCCACAAUCCAAAAACAUGCAGCCAGGCUAAUUGGAGACACUGAAUUGUCCUAUAGGUACCUAGCCACCAGGAUGCAUAAACCAGUGCAUUGUAGUGCCGGUCCCAAGCCCGGAUAAAAUGGGGAGGGUCGUGUCAGGAAGGGCAUCCGGCGUAAAAACCUUGCCAAAUCAAUAAUGCGGAUCAUGAUCUGCCGGGAGCGGCCGAGGAAAUAGAGUGUUGGCUUCGCUUAUGGAGAACUAUGUUAUGCUAGCACAGGUGCCCAGUCCAGUCCCAGAGAUCGCAUAGACCCCAACUCUGCCCGACCUUCCCUCCGUAAACACGUCCAGUUGUGUUUGUGUUGAAAAUGUAAUUGGGCAAAGAAUUAGUACUGUAAAUCUGUGUAUUAGACAAGUAAGUCCAAGUGGAGGUAAAUGCCUACAAUUAAAACUCAAUUUAAUAACAAGCUCAUGGUAAGGUGUAUAAAUACUUUUGCCCAUAUUGUCUAUGUCAGUCAAACUGGCAUCAAAUCUGACCCAGCAGGGUGACUUACAAAGAGCUAGAGCAGGGGUCAGCAACCUUUUUGUACUCUGUGCCGAUUGAAAAAAAUAGGUUGAAGAUGAAGUACUAAGUGUGCCAUGGAAUACGUCAUAUAACACAAACUGUUGCUAUGUAUGUGACAUAAACCAAUUAAUCAGUUAAUUAAUCUUACAUGUCAGUGUGAUCCUUGUCCAUGACUCUCUGCAAAGAUGAUCCAUCUGUGGUGUAUAUGAGGUGAACUUACUGGCUUAAAUUUCUGAAGAACACUCGUCUGUUUCUUGUACCUUGAAAUUGCUCGUUUGAUUGAUUCCAUUUUGUCAGCAUCAUCCUUAAAUGAGCUUUGGUGCUUUGUCUCAAAAUGGCAGUGCACACUUGAGGUCUUGUUGAAUUGAACGAACAUCCACUUUUGCGGGUUUAGCAGCCAUGCUAUACCAAGUUUUGCACGAAACUGAAAGCUGACUCACUUUUGACACCUUGAUUAACCUUAACUAGCAUAAAUUACUCAACCUUAACUGGCCAUAGGUGGAGGCGGUUAAGGUGGAGUAAUUUAUGGUUGUUAAGGUUAAUCAAGGUGUCGGGAGUGAGCAUAUGGCAAAGGGUGUAAGGACGGAUCCAACUAAGCAUGAAAUACAUUUUUUUUUUACUCUUACCAAUCAGAGUGCCAGACAAACGUGCUUCAAGUGCCAGCUUUGGCACGCAUGCCAUAGGUUGCUGACCCCUGAGCUAGAGGAUCAUACUGUUCUGAUUUAAUAAUCCCAAGUUUACUGAAUGUUAAACAUUUGAUUUUUAGAUGGGUGACUGCAUGAAUGACUGAUUUUGAUGACGUACAAGGUCAUAUAGGAUGACUUUGUACUUUUAUAUUAAGCAAAUACUGAGAGACAGACAGGCAUUUUUAAACUGUGUAUUUAUAAUGUAGAAAUUUUAAUAAGGGUAAGGUAAUAGAGAUGUAGAUAUGUUUCAGGGACUGACACUACGUACUAUAGAUAACCCUAGAACUGCACAUUAUUAUAACAAUUAGUUUAUAUAAGCAAAUUCCCUUAGUUGUGAGAGUUAAUGAGACUUAAUGCAUCAAAUCUAUGUACAGCAAGUCUAAAGUUUACAUUAAUAACACAUCAUGAAUUUAUAUACAAAAAAAUAACUUAACGUAAUGCUAUUGAUGGCUGGUGGAUUCCGGGGGUUCAAAUUCUAGGUUGGGCUCACAAAUACAGAACAUGCAUUUAGCACCUUUAUUGGGGGGCACAUACAAUAUCACAUACAAUAGUGCAGGUCCCAAGCCUGGAUAAAUAAUUACAUAAAAACUGCUAAAUCGAGGGCCGCUCAGGUGGUGCAGCGGUAAAAACACACGCUGGAACCAGAGCUGGGAUCUCGAAUACAUCGAAUCGAAUAAAAGCUCUGCCUGCCGGCUAGGCUGAGCGGCCACGUGAACAACGAUUGGCCUGUUGUUCAGAUAACUCUCUCAUAACUAAUGCAAUUACGACCUCUGCUGGCUGAUUGAUGGCGCCUGCACAGAGAUGGGAAAAGAGUGCUCUCAGGGUGUGUCUCUCCGUACACAGUGCUGAGCUGCACUGCACUCGUCAAAGUGUAGGUGAUAAGAUGCAUAUGGCUGCUGUCCACGUGUCGGAGGGGGCGUGGGUUAGCUUCGUUUUUCAAUCAGAGCGGGGAUCGGCAUUGGUGGAGAGGAAGCAUGAUGCAAUCGGGCAAUUGGACGCGCUAAAAAAGGGAGAAAAGGGGAGAAAAUGCAUAAAUAAAAUAUAUAUAUAAAAAAAAUUACAACAAAACUGCUAAAUCAAAUGUGCUGACCAAGGAUCCACCCGGCAUCAUCCGUUCAAAUCAGUUAACGCACUGUAUAACUCAAUUCAAUCAAAAUUGACAGGACAUGAAUUAAAAAUACACAGUGUAUUUGAAAUGUUUUUUAAUGGCCACAUAAUAAAUGAUUUAUUAGAGAGAUGCAUUUUCUGAACAAAGUGCUUUUAUAUAAGAGAUUUAGGAUUUUAACUACUAAAAGUUUACAUUGAAGAUGAUACAUUUUUGUUGUGUGCAUCCUUGUCACAGUAUGCUUUACAUUUUUGUGACACUGUAUGUUCCUCCACUGUGGUUAUGUAAUGGUUUGUGUGGAUCUAAUCUCAUCGUAAGACCUUGGGGGCAUUCCUGUCCUUUUUAUAAACGCAGUAGCAAUGCCAUGAAGGACCUGCUACUGUCUCUUGUGUCUUAUUGUUUGGAAAUGUUAAUGUUUUCAUAUAAAAGGUUUGUUUACACAACUGGUGGUUAUUACAGUACAUCUGUUUGUUAGAUUACAGGUUAAGUGUGUUGUCAUUCUUAAAUAUCAGGUUUUAGUGUGCCAAUACAUGCAGUUUUUAAAAAAUUUUAAAGGAAUUUUACCCCUUAAA